GCAGUGCUGUUGUGCAAUGCUGAAAUUUAACACGAGAUUGGCAGUUCGGAGUCGCGUGCAAAGUAAACAACCCACGAUAGUUAACCCAAGCGUAAUUAGACACCAAGAGAGCAUUGAGCCUACCUCUUUCAUGUUCUGCUAUUUUUCAGUGUUUGUAUUCAAUAAAUUUUGUAACUUCUUCACUCUUAAUAAAAUUAGAACACUACACCAUGAUCAAUUAAAUAAAACACAAUGGUAUUCUAUAUAAUAUCGCAUUUUAUGCUCGACCGGCGUUGCGAGCGUUUAGUUCCUCUACAAGAAUAAUAUAAAUCAAUAAUAUUAAGAGCCGUUCGUUCUGUUUUCCGUGCGCCGUCAGCUGAUAGAAUAGUGAAAAUCGGAAACUUGCAAACUCUUCGAAUUUUUGGAUUUAAGAAAUAUUGUAUUAUAAUAAAAAAGGUUAAAAAUAAGUAAAAAAAUAAAUAAAUUGUGCCACUCGCCCCGCUGUUCUCCUCGCUAUCUUUGGUUUUGCAUUGUUUCACGGAAUUCGGUGCCAACUGUGCAAAAAAGAAAGCAAAACAAUUUUCAUGUGUCUCUUGAAGCAUUGUCGCCUGCUCGAUAGCUAAUUAAGAAAAUGUGCCUUGCAAUGUAAAGUAUACAAGAUCGCUGCAAUCGCAAUUUGUUAACAUACACACACACAACCGCUGAUAUAUGGCUAAAAUACACACAUGUUUACAUUCAUACGUACGAUCAUUCGGAUAGAAUCAGUCGAAAACGCUCAGUUCGUCUCGUGCACCUGUCUUCACUUGAGGGAAUUUUCGCAUUACAUACUAAAAGUUUGAUAACUAGUGCAUUUUGGCACGAAGUUUGUUGUUGUUACUAGCACUGUACUAACUAAUACGUCACUGUUUGCGCGCUUCUUUCGCAUACACGCGUGUCUGUCAAGAGCGACAACGAGAGCAUUUAGCAAAGUUUUGAAAUAAAAUAAAAAUGCAAAUUAAGCAGAGUUUCGCCCGCAGCAUUUUUAAUGAGUUAAAGUUGCGAAAAUUCGGAUUCGAUCACAAGCAGUUGGAUCAGUUUUAUCGAUCACAGUGGCAGAACUGCGAGCGCAGCGCCUACUUUUUGCUCUACAAAUGGAUUUGGGCAUGCUUCUUUAUUUCUGUAUUCAUAGCAUCUUUGGUUUUGCAAUUAUCAGAUGGCAAACUCUUUAUCUUCUUGACAAACUGGGGCAUAAUUCUAUGCCUUUUGACACAGCUAAGCGGUGCUGUUCUCGCGACACGAUGGCACUUCAAUUUGGGCGGUGCACGGAGCGUGGCGACUGAAGCUCGAACCCUAAAAGAACCACCGCCCACACCGAAGCUGAUUAAGUUCUACUGGUUGCUGCACGGCUCGUCCUUGUCAUUGGCACUAAUCAUCACAACGGUUUAUUGGAUGUUCUUGCAUGGGAAAAUGAAUAAGCCGAUGCGCUAUCCCGUGAUGAGCUUCAUUACACACUGCCUAAAUUCAGUAUUUAUGUUGGUCGAUUUUUUGAUUGUCGCAUUUCCGGUGCGUAUAGUGCACGCCCUCUAUUGGAUGCUACUGCCCAUUAUAUACUACUUAUUCACUUUGGUCUACUUCCUCGCUGGCGGCAGGGAUGAAUAUGGCCAUCCCUAUGUGUAUCCAAUUUUGGACUGGACCACUCCUGGGCGCGCUGUAGCCACAUUUGCCGGAGUUUUUGUCUUAUAUUUGAUCUACUCAAUUAUUUUGUUUGCAUUAAGUAAAUUUAAGCGGUAUUUUUCUCGAACUCUGAGCGCCAUGGAUAGUCCACAUGCCAUCGGAUUAAUUUAAAGCAUUGUAGUUAAAAAUAUUUACAUAAAAUCGUGGUAUAUUUAAUCAUAUGACAUUUUUGUAUAUGAAAUUUUGAUAGUACAUUCUUACAUCGAAAUCCUAAUGAAAAUAUACAUAUGUACAUACAUACAUA